AUGUCCCGCAUCGCUUCUAUUCUAACAGCUGCGCUGGCAUGUAUCAGCGUCGCUAAUGCCGCCUGCGGCGACGGCUCCCCUCAGGCCGUCGUCUCCGGCUCCGGCACCUUUACGGCCACGGUCAACGGGGCCAACGUCUACAGCGGCUCGGACUACCGCCUCGCCAUUCAGACGGCCCUCGACCGCAUCAGCAGCGGCCAGCGCGUCGUCGUCACGGCCUCCGGCAGCAUCGGCGCCAGCACCAUCACCGUGACCAGCGGCAAGACGUUCGAGGUCUGCGGCACCAUCAACGUCGGCAACAAGGCUGGCCGCGGCGCCAUCGAGGUCAUCAAUCAGAGCGACGUCAAGAUCCCCUACCUCAAGAUGACCGGCAACCCCUACUUCGGCCUGCGCUGCUCCGGCACCCGCAACCUGAACCUGGGCGACAUCACCAUGAACCUCAGCGGCGGCCUGGGCAUCCGGUUCGACCGCGACGCCGCGAUGAACUACAACGUCAACAUGGGCACCAUCACAGUGACGGGCGCCGGCAGCCACGCCGUCGAGACCUGGAACAUCGACGGGCUGACCAUCAAGUCCGUCAUCGCCCGCGACGUGGGCGAGUGCGGGCUGCUGCUCCAAAAGACCAUCAACGCGCGGGUCGGCUACGUCGAGGGCAACAACGUCGCCAAGGGCACGGGCUACGCCACCCUCCGCUUCGCCAACAACAACGGCCAGCUGGGCGACGGGCAGUACACCAAGACCAAUGUCUUUGUCGACAAGGUGGUCUCGCGCGGCGGGGGCCGCGGCAUCUUUUGCGUGUCCAUGUCCGGCGCCGCCGAGAUCAAGUAUAUCGACCUGGCCGACAACGGCAACAACGCCGUGCUCAUCGAGAACUGCUACAACCUCGCCAUCAGGGACGGCGUCAUCAACGGCGGGGGUGAGGUGCGCGUCGCGGCGCGCAGCGAGUUCCCCAACACCAGCGGCAUCUUCUUUGAGGUCGAGGUCAACAACAACUCGGUCCGCGAGUCUCCCUGUGCCGAGAACAUCUUUUGGGCUAUCACGGGCAAUGCGAAGAAGAAUGUUUGCUAG